AUGGAACCACCCAGACUUACGCCUGCGCCGCCGGCAACGACAGAGGCGGACCAGGUCGACCUGUCCAACGUCGAGGAUGGCCUCUUUGGCAACUUUGACAUCACGCUCAGCAUCGGCGAGAGCACCUCGCCAGCAGCGACCGACGACGCCCCCGUCGAUCCGAAAGCAGCCAGGCUCGAAGCUGCUUUCCAGCGCGCACGCAGGGACUAUACCGUCAAGAUCGAGGACGAGGCAUGGUACCUGCCGUCGUCGUCCUCGCUCCGCGAUGCCAACGGCAAAGUCGAUGUGGCGCGCUUCCGCGUCCCAUCUCCGACCGAGCUGAGGCGAGCGCGGAUAGAGAACAAGCGCCAGUCGCUCGACCAGGAAUGGACCAUCGACUACCUCUACUCGACCGGCCGGUUCGACCUCGCCCUUGCGUACGCUACCUCCUUCCUAUACUCGAUGGACCUGCCACUACGGCUCGAUAUCGAGACUGCAAACCCACUCGACCCGUUCCCUCGUCCGCCGCGCUCUUCCGAGCUUACGGAUCCCGCGAAGCCGGCGACCAAGACCAAGGCCACCAAGAGGGCAACGGGUGAUGUCAAGGGACCCACCAAAGAGCUCCUCGACGCUGGGCUACGCAGUGUCCUGAGCCUGGCCAAGCUGCAGUCCCAGCCGACUUCUGCGGCGUGGGACCCUGCCAGCUUUGGCGCAGACAUCAGCGUCGAAACCUGGACGGCCCGACUCGAAAGGCCCCCUGACUCGGGCCCGUCGCACGACAGCCUCUACCAUCUGUCCAACCACCCUGUCCGCAGCAUCGCCCUGGGCUUGCUCAACGUCGCCUACACAGAAGUGCGCCGAGGAGCCGGCGACCUCGAUCGUGGCUUCCGCAACCUUGUCGUCCGGGACCCAGCCAACGAUCUGCUGGUGGUCAACAACGACCGGCUCAAGCUCCAGAACUGGACCAUCUGCCCCGGUACGGCGCUGUCGAUGGGGCAGCUGAGCGUCGAGAUGGGCCAGUGGAGGCUGGCGGUCGAAAGCCUCGCCAUGUUCCUGGCCAACCGAGGCCCACACUGGCGCGGCCUCCUGCCCUGCGCCUUUGCCCUCACCAAGAUGGCUGCCACGGUCGACGGCGACGAGGAGCUGAAGCUCGCCCUGGACCAGCUAAUCAAGGCGCUGGCGGUGCUGGCGCUGCAAUCGGCGCCGAGACGACGACGCAACGAACUCGCCCGACUAGUGCUCAACGGCGGCGUCAUCGAUGCCCGCCUCGUCGACGCGACCCUGUCCGGAGAGGCUUGCGGCACCGCGCCGGACUCUGCCGAGUCGCAGCGUCGGGAUGCGCGCCACCUCGACACGCUCCUGCGCAGGGCAAAGGAUACGCUGCUCGCCGAGGAGAUCAUCGUGGCGCUGUGCAGCGUCGUGUGCCACAAAAAGGGCGGCGUCUCGUCGCUCGCAUUCAAGCUGAGGGCCUACCUCGACAACUGCCUUCGCAACGAGGCAAACGAUGAGGCCGAGGCGGACGACGACGUCGAAGACGCGGCGACGCAGAUGAGGAGCGUCAGAACGCUGUGA